AGUCCGCUGUGCGCAUGCGUACCUUGUUCGACGUGGAUGGCGGCGACCAUUGGUACUUUGUUGUCGUCCUCCCUGUUUCACUCUGGAUGACAGAAGAGGGUCACAAUUGGCCCCCAAAAUAACACGUCUGUUUUGUCGUUAAGCUAUAGUUUGUAGACUGACAGAGAAAGCCCAAUGUCGGUGGCAAAUGCGAAGUAUAGUGUCCUGAAACCGGUGAUCCCGUACACAGGGUCUAUACCUGGAGGCCUGCACCCAGGAGAGAUCAUCAUCGUUCAGGGUACAGUGACCCCAGACGCUGACAGGUUUCAGAUUGACCUGACGUGUGGUGGUAGCACCAAGCCACGCUCUGACGUGGCCCUGCACUUCAGCCCUCGGUUCAAAGGCCCACCCUGUGUGCGAUGCAACUCCCUGUUGCACGAGAGAUGGGGUCAAGAGGAGACGCUGCAGCAGCUGCCCUACAAGCGAGGUGCCCCGUUCGAGACCAUUAUCCUGGUGUGCGAGGAUGCCUUCAAGGUAGCAGUAAAUGGCGCUCACCUGCUGGAAUACAAGCACAGAGUCCCACUCAACAGGAUCAACACAUUUUCCAUGUCUGGGAAAGUCCAAGUGCAGGCUAUAGGCUACAUCCCAAACUCGGCAAUAUACUCAGAGUCAGGUGACCUGAGCCUCCCUUACAAAGGCAGCAUACUGAAAGGCCUGAGCCCUGGGCAGCACAUCACCAUCAAAGGACAGAUCAGCGUUUAUCCUCACAGUUUCACAGUCAACCUACGCAACAGCAGGACAGAGAACAUUGCUCUCCACCUGAACCCUCGCAUGAAGUCCAGUACAUUCGUCAGGAACUCGUAUUUGAAUGAAUCCUGGGGCCAGGAGGAGAGGGAAUUGGUCUUCUUUCCCUUUUCUUCCGGCGAUUACUUUGAGAUUCUCCUCCUGUGCCAAGCACAUCAGUUCAAGUUGGCGGUGAACGGUUCACAUUUGUUUGAGUUCAGACAUCGGGUGCAGGACCUGGGCAGCAUCGACCAACUCGAGAUCAUGGGAGACCUGGAGCUUAUGGACGUCAAAUUGUGGUGAUCAAACUGAUGGGUUUGAGUCUCAAAUUCUCAUGUAGUUUAGCGUCUGUGCUGAAGGAUCAGUGCUAAAUGCUGCUCAGCAUGGCUGGAAGAUUGCAGCAUGAGACUAAAUUGAACACUAGAUUCACAAAAUUUAGGAUUGCAUUCAUUUCCCAUUCAGUCUUCAAUGCACAUAAUAAAAUGUGUAAAUGUUGCUCUUUGUCACUUUGCUACCAAGCCAUUUCAUUCACUACACGCAUGGCAAUAACAUGGAACACACCAAUCAGAACUUGAGGGAUAUUUUCUUUCUUAUGUCUAAUUCAUGAGGGGAAUGUAAAUACUUUUCUUGAAAAUAACCACAUUAAGCCUGUUAUUUUAAAAAAAACUACAUAUUGUAUUUUUCUUCUUCUUCUUCAGCAAAUCUGCUAUUAAGUUUAUAUAUAUUUUUUUAAUUCAAACCAUCUACAUACAGGCAUUUAACUUCAGAUUCAAAUCGGUUCUGUGAAGGAAUCAAGAGUUCAUUUGACAUGGGCCGCACCACCUCUAUUUCGGCACAAGAUGUCAGGCGAGAGCUAACUCACCAAACCAUUCGUUUUCUUUAUAGCUGAUGAAAAUGUAUGCGUUUAGAUGUUUACAAUGGUGUUGGUCUGAUGAAAUACAAAAUAAAAUCUAUGAUCAAAGUGGCUGGUAAGUUCAAUGU